GCUUGACCUGAAGGUCGCCCUUCAAAUAUGUGCUUGUUUUAAAUUAUGGACGAGAACUGUGGACGCUUAAAGUUUAUUGAGCUAGAAAACUACAAAUCUUACAAAGGAAAGCAGGUUAUUGGCCCUUUCAGUGUUUUCACUGCCAUCAUUGGGCCAAAUGGAUCAGGGAAGUCGAAUUUAAUGGAUGCCAUAAGUUUUGUUCUUGGAGAAAAUACUCGACAUUUACGUGUUCGUCGGCUUAAUGAUUUAAUCCAUGGUUCAGUAGUUGGAAAACCUGUUGCGAAAUCAGCAUCGGUAACUGCAGUUUAUGAAAUGCCUGACGGGGAAGAAAAACGUUUUAGUCGUGUUAUUCAUGGUAAUACAUCAGAGUACCGAAUAAAUGGUGUCUCUGUUCGUGUUGAUGAAUAUGCUGCUGCCCUUGAACAAAUUCAUAUAUUUAUGAAAGUGAAAAAUUUUCUCGUUUUUCAAGGUGCUGUAGAAAGUAUAGCUAUGAAAAAUGCACGUGAACGUUGUCAAAUGUUUGAAGAAAUUAGCAAAUCUGCUGAAUUAAAAGAAGAAUACGAUAUGUCAAGAAUGGAAAUGCAAAAGUUAGAGGAGAAUGCAACUUUUAAUUUGAAUAAAAAGAAAGGUAUUGUUGCUGAACGUAAAGAAGCGAAAAUAGAAAUCGAUGAAGCUGAAAGAUACAAAAAGCUUCAAAGUGAAUUGACAAAGAAACGAUUGGAACUUCAUCUAUUCAAACUUUACUACAAUGAUUUAGAAAUUAGACAUGUCCGUGAAGAGCUUAAACAAAGAGAAGAGGCAGUUGCUGCUGAACAUGAACAGCGUCAGUUGAUUGAAGAAGAAAUGAAAGAAAAACGUCGUGAAUUAGGCAAAAUCAAUCGGGAUCAGUCAUCUUUAGAACAAGAAAUCAAAAAAUGUGAGCAAAAAAUCGGAAAGAGAAAACCUGAAUUUAUCAAAGUUUCUCAACUGUUGCGACAUGUUAGCGAAAAGCAUAAGGAGUCUAAAAAAUCUUUGGAGAAUGCUAGACAGUUGCAUAGUACACAUUUACAAGAAAUUGAUCAGUUAGAAGCAGAAUAUGAAAAGAUAUCAGAUAUACAACGAGAUUAUGAACAACAACAAUCGAAGAAAUCACUUGAACAAGGUCGUGAUCUAGAAUUAGAAGAAACUCAGUUGUCAGAAUAUCAUCGUUUGAAACAAAAAGUAGCUGAAAGAACAUCUCACUUGUCGGCUGUGUUAGACAAUUUAAAUCGUGAAUAUAAUGAACAAAAAGAUUUAUAUGAUGCAUUGUAUCGAAGAAAAAAUGAAAUUGAAAGUUCUUUAAAACGUAAAGAAACUGAGCUAAAUGAAAAUAAAAAACGUCUUCAGAAAUUAUUAGAAUAUAUUGAUUCAAGUAAUCGUGCUAUCACAGAACAACGUGAAACAGAAAAAUCUAUACGUGAAGAAGUGGAAUUAGCCACUAGACGUAUUGAUGAAAUUAAUGCUGAAUUAGAAACGGUUGUUUGUCAGUUGGGUGAAGCUAAAGUUGAACGACAUGAAUCAUCACGUGCAGCGAAAAAACAAGAACUUAUUGAAAAUUUAAAACGUCUUUUUCCUGGUGUU